AUGAGUGUUACGAAUCUGCGCGAACAUCAUUUCCGGACCUCACUGGAUAACUGGCGUCAAUCUCAUGGCAUCGCGGAGAAGGCUUACGCGGAUCUACUGGAAAUCGUAAGCCGCAGAGAAGCCGCCAGAGAAAUCUUCGUGGUCAACGACUGCUCCUCUCUUGUAAUUGGCGAACAUCAUACCUGCUUUACAUGCCGAUUACGAAAGCAAAAGGUAACUGGCGUCAGACAAGAUCAUGAAGUGAGCUCACUGACUUUUCGCAGUGCGGUGGCAUUGCUGGCCGAUGUAAUCAGUUUUCGAGAAAUGUAUGCUGAGUCUACGCCGAGAGCUGACCAAAGCAGCAAGGCCUUGUGGACAGGCAGUCAUAAGUUCAAGGACAAAUCAUUCGCCAUGUGCUUUGGGACCAUCGACAAGGACAGCGGCGACGCUCUUCGCUCGCGCAAAAUUGAAUGUAUCAUUCGGGAUGCCGAAAAGAGCGCAGCCAAAGAAGUUAAAAUCCUUCUUCUAGGAGCGGGAGAAUCUGGAAAGUCUACGACUCUCAGGCAAAUGAAGUUGAUUCACUCCGGCGGCUUCAGCGAACAGGAAAGGCUCUUGUGGAGACCUGUCGUCUUCCGCAACAUUGUCGAGUCCUUUCGUACUAUCUACGAGGCUAUGUCUAAGCUAAAUUAUCAAUUUGACCAUCCUGACAACGAGAGAUUCAUGACGCAUAUCCUCUCGAGGCAUGAGCUAAGCCGCAGGGAGAGAUUCCCCCAAGAUUACUUCGAGUCGAUCAAGCGAUUGUGGUAUGACAGCGGCGUAAAGGCUGCAAUCGCGAAGGGCAAUGAGUAUGCACUGCACGACAACCUGGCAUAUUUUAUUGGCCAGCUGGACCGUAUAUGGACUGAUGGAUAUAUCCCAAACAACUUGGACAUUCUCUACUCGCGAUUGAAGACAACCGGCAUUACAGAGAUUGCCUUCGACCUAGGGCCAUUAACAUAUCGGAUGUUUGACGUUGGUGGCCAGCGAUCAGAACGCAGAAAAUGGCUUCACUGUUUUGAAAACGUCCACUGCCUUUUGUUCCUUGUUGCCAUCAAUGGCUAUGACCAGUCCCUUGUAGAGGAUAGCGAAGGGAACCAAAUGAAUGAAGCCCUAAUGCUGUGGGCGUCCAUUAUCAAUGCCCGCUGGUUCACGAACUCGGCUCUGAUAUUAUUCCUGAAUAAAAUGGAUCUCUUCAAGGAGAAGCUUCCCCACAGUCCCAUCGUCAAGUAUGGAUUCACGGACUACCACGGCCCACCCGACGAUUACAAGUCAGCCAGCAAGUACUUCUUCGACAAGUUCCGAGCGCAAAGCCAACAUCCCAACAAAGAGAUUUACGGCCACUUCACGAACGCGACUGACACUAACAUGAUCAAGAGGACGAUGGAGUCAGUGCAGGACAAGAUUAUCAAGCGAGGCUUGAAACAAUUCAUACUAUGA